ACAGUUGGCAGUACAAUGGCUUCUCAGUACCUCGUAGUGGCUCUGGCCGUUUUCUCCUCUUUUACCCAGGUUGUAAUAGAAGCCAGCUCUUGGUGGUCUUUAGGGAUGAACCCCAUGAACCCCAUGAACCCUGUUCAGAUGUCAGAGGUGUACAUUAUAGGAGCCCAGCCACUGUGUAGCCAGCUAGCAGGGCUUUCCCAAGGACAGAAGAAACUCUGCCAGUUGUAUCAGGACCAUAUGCAGUUCAUUGGAGAGGGUGCAAAGACGGGCAUUAAGGAGUGCCAGUAUCAAUUCAGACAUAGAAGAUGGAAUUGCAGCACUGUGGACAACAACUCUGUUUUUGGCAGAGUCAUGCAGAUAGGCAGCCGGGAGACGGCGUUCACCUACGCGGUGAGCGCGGCCGGCGUGGUCAACGCCAUGAGCCGCGCGUGCCGGGAGGGCGAGCUGUCCUCGUGCGGCUGCAGCCGCGCCGCGCGGCCCAAGGACCUGCCCCGGGACUGGCUGUGGGGCGGCUGCGGGGACAACAUCGAGUACGGGUACCGCUUCGCCAAGGAGUUCGUGGACGCGCGCGAGCGCGAGCGGGUUUACCAGCGAGGCUCCUACGAGAGCGCCCGCAUCAUGAUGAACCUGCACAACAACGAGGCCGGCAGAAGAACGGUGUACAACCUGGCUGACGUGGCCUGUAAGUGCCACGGCGUCUCCGGCUCCUGCAGCCUGAAGACCUGCUGGCUGCAGCUCGCCGACUUCCGCAAGGUGGGCGACGCCCUGAAGGAGAAAUACGACAGCGCCGCCGCCAUGAAGCUCAACAGCCGGGGGAAGCUGGUGCAGGUGAACAGCCGCUUCAACGCCCCCACCAUCCACGACCUGGUGUACAUCGACCCCAGCCCCGACUACUGCGUGCGCAACGAGAGCACCGGCUCCCUGGGCACCCAGGGCCGCCUGUGCAAUAAGACCUCGGAGGGCAUGGACGGCUGUGAACUCAUGUGCUGCGGCCGGGGCUACGACCAGUUCAAGACGGUGCAGCGGGAGCGCUGCCACUGCAAGUUCCACUGGUGCUGCUACGUGAAAUGCAAGUUGUGCACAGAGAUCGUGGACCAGUUUGUGUGCAAAUAGGGCACGGACGAGGUGGGAGGAACUGCAGCCGCCUGCCAGCAAGGGGUGCAGACCCCUCUCCCUUUCCGCAGGACUAUCUCCACUUUAUUUAUAGAGUCCAAGGAGUUUUCGUCUUCUUUUAAGAAAAUUAAAAA